GUCGAUUUCGGAGACGGACCUGCAGUUUCAGGCAGCCCGUCCUCCGUCGCCUUUCCUGAACGGUGCGAGUCGAGUCGAGAGCCCGCUGCGCUGGGUACGGUAGGUAGGUAUGCUCUCCAGCCUCUGCUGUAUAACCACCACCACCCAUCCAUCCAGUCACGCACACACACGCACCAGUGCAGCUACCUACGUACCUACUCUCUCCUCCAGGCACGGCGCCCGCUCCCACACCAAUAACCGCGCCCACUACUCAGCUCCUCAGCCAUUAUACCGAUCGCCACCGCGCGUGCUCCCUGCGCAGCGCCACAUUCCGCUUUUUUCCAAGAACGGGAAUUGCGACUCUGCGCCCGGCCAUGUCCCCAAUGCGGCUAAGAAGCCCUCUCUUAGCUACCUACGCUGCCUCGCACUGCCUCGCCCUGCCCGCGGCCCAGCCAAUAGCCGUCCUGAGAAUGCCACGACCGUACAAGACGCCCCCUUCGCCGGGGACCUGUGCGCGCAGCCACGCUCGACCACGGCCCUCCGCCUACGUCAGCCCGAAUCGUGAUCUUGCCUUUUGCCUUGCUGUUGACGACCAAACCAGACGAGGGGGGAGGGCAGAGAGGGGGGAGCAGACUCUCAGGAUGUAUAAAACGGGCGGGCGCUGGCAUUCCGUAGCUGAACCAACUCCUGCCUCCAGUUGAGCAAGAGUCA